GUUUUCCAAAUGAACCUGCUGCAAUCGUUGCACUUACCACAAUCAAGGAAUGGUUAAGCAAGAAUUAUCACGAGAUGCUGUUCUUUUUGUACCAUGAGCUCCCAGAUCCAUCAGAACUACCACACCAAGAGUGAAGCCAGAGUGAACCACCUGGUCAACCAGUCUCCCCAUGCCAGCUACAAGUACCUGUCCUUGGGGCUUUACUUCAACCAGGAUGAUGUGCCUCUUACUAAGUUCUUCUCCUUCUUCCAUCAUCUGUCUGAGGAGAAGCAUGAACAAGCUGAGAAGUUCUUGACCUUCCAAUCUCUCCAUGGGGGUAGAGUUGUCUUGCAGGGCAUUAAAAAGCCAGAGCAGGAUGAAUGGAAGAAUAGAGCUGUAACCAUGGAGGUUGCCCUUAAUCUGGAGAAGAGUGUGAACCAAGCUUUGCUGGACUUACACCAGGUAGCUUGUUGCCAUACUGACCCCCAUCUGUGUGACUUCCUGGAAACUCACUACCUUGAUGAAGAGUUGAAGCUGGUCAAGGUGCUGGGAGACCACAUGACCAACCUGAAGCAUGUGCAUGCCAGUGAGGAAGAUCUGGAUGAAUACCUCUUUGACCUCCUGGCCCUGGGCAAGUCCAGCGAUUAG